AUGGACAUCCUUAUCUUUCUGACGGCGGCGGCCCACUUGUUCUACACGCCCUUUACGAAAGUGGAGGAGAGCUUCAAUCUGCAGGCCAUGCACGACAUUCUAUAUCUGCGAAACAACUUUACGCAGUACGAUCACCAUGAAUAUCCGGGCGUGGUUCCCCGCACCUUCAUCGGCCCACUGGUGGUGUCCAUUAUCUCAGCCCCGUUUGUCCUGCUCUUCGAGUCCCUUAGCAUCAACAAGUUCUGGGCCCAAUAUGUAGUGCGCCUUGUCCUGGCUGGAGCCAUCUCUGUGGCAUGGAACAGCCUACGGCAGGCGGUGACAAAGAUUUACGGAGUUGAGGUCCGCUUGUGGUUUACAGCCAUCACUAUUACGCAGUUCCACUUCAUGUUCUACAUGACUAGGCCUUUGCCCAAUAUCUUUGCCCUGCCGAUAGUGCUCUUUGCCAUUGCCUAUUGGCUGCGCGACCAGCACAAGCCAUUCAUCAUCUGCUCUGGUAUAUCCACCCUCGUCUUUCGAUCCGAGUUGGCGUUAUUUUUGGGUAUUUUGCUGGUAGUGAGCCUCCUACGGCGAAAAGUUUCCAUUGACGGGCUACUCAAAGUUGCUCUGCCGGCGGGCGUCUGCAUUUUGGCUGCCACAGUGCUGGUGGACUCGUUCUUUUGGCGCCGCCUGCUUUGGCCCGAGGGUGAGGUGCUAUGGUACAACACCAUACUCAAUAAGAGCUCCAACUGGGGUACCUCGCCCUUUCUAUGGUACUUUUACUCCGCCCUGCCACGUGCCAUGGGUGCAUCGCUUGUGCUCGUGCCCAUCGGCGUCGCAUUGGAGCCACGUAUUCGGCCAUUGGUCGUGUCAGCUCUGCUCUUUGUCCUGUUGUACUCCAUUCUGCCGCACAAGGAGCUGCGCUUCAUCAUCUACGUAUUUCCAGUUCUCAACAUUGCUGCGGCUUGCGCAUGCCAACGAAUUUGGAUGAACAGCGCCAAGUCAACGUGGCAUAGCUUUCUGGCUCUCGCCUGUGGAGCCCAUCUCCUGCUAAAUGUCUUUAUGACGCUCUUUCUACUUGUCAUUUCGGGCACCAACUAUCCGGGCGGAGCAGCCCUAUCCCGAUUGCAUCGCUUGGAAGCUGGCACCUCAAACGUUUCCAUUCACAUUUCCAACUUGGCCGCCCAGAGCGGGGUGUCGCGUUUUAUGGAAAUAAAUAAUGAAUGGACUUACAGCAAGGACGAGACAAUGAACUACACCCAGGCGGAUUUGGUUGCAUACACACAUCUUUUGGUCGAGGCGAAGAACAAACAAAACACUGAACUGUGGGCAUCGCUCCAAAAAGAAUUCGAUACGCUAGAGUUUGUUGACUGCUUCAACAGCAUCGGCAUUCAAUACAAUUCUCUGCUGCCGGUGAGAAUAAAGACGAAGCCUUGCAUUGGUAUACUUAAAAAGAGAAAAGUGCCUCCAAAAGAGGCAUCAAAAACAAAAGAGAAAAUAGCAAAAACUAAGACAUCCCCGGUUGAAAAAGAAACUUUAUUAGCUCCUGUUAAGGAAUUUCCAAAAGUUAUAGGGGAUCCGAAAAUGAAAAUCAGGUUACAAGUCGAUGCGGAUGAUGAUGAUGGCAUCGUGGCCACUGUGGAGGAGAUGUCGCUAGAACUGGAAACGGAUACUGAACCCCAUGCUGGCGCAGAGACCAUCGAAGCGCCCUUGAAGGAGAUCAACUUUCAGGAGCUGCGCACCCUCGCCUUGGGACAGGCAACCAAGAAGUCGAGAGCAGCCACCAAGAUGAAGAUUCGACAAAUUAUCGAGCAGCACUACCGCGCCAAGGGUAAACAAAUCGAAAACGACUCCGCAGAGACCCAGAAAACGCCAGGAAAGGCUGGAUUACGGCAGUCCGUAAAGUCCAUCAUAAAGCAGGAGAAGAUCAAGGAAAUGAUCGAGCAGAUCGCUACGAUGGAUCUGACACGCAUCUGCGAUUUGGAAAAGACUUCGACCAAAGAUUGCUUAAAACAGGUCAUUGACAAAAUAGAUGACAGCGAGGGUUUGAAAUCCAAAUGACAAAACGUAUCAUAUUUUAAACUGUUUUAUUAAAUUAAGCUAAGCGUUUGUUAACGACACAGUUGUAAAAAUUUAAAAUAAAAACAAUAAUAAAAGCGAAUAAAAAUUGUA